AUGUCAUCGCUGGCCACCCACCUGGUGGAGGGCCGCCGCCGCUGCCCGCAGGCCGCCGCCUUCGUCACCGGCUUUAAGACGAAGAAGCUGGAGCUGGCGCGACACCUGCUGCGGCUGAUUAAUGCGGAGGUCUUCGAGGAUAGGUGGGGCGUUUCGUUAGCGCUGGCCCCCGACCUGGAGAUCAAGUUCAACAAGCGCAUGCUGCGUACGGCCGGCUUCUGCUACAGCAAGCAGACCGCCUGCGGCGGUGCGACGGUGCGCACGGCGCGCAUCGAGCUCUCGGAGAAGGUGGUAGACAGUGCUGAGCGGCUGCGCGACACGCUGGUGCACGAGCUGUGCCACGCCGUCGCCUGGGUUGUCUAUGAGAUCCGCUGCAAAUACACGUACCGAUGUACGCGGUGCGGCUACAGCUUCGGCAGGCACUCCAAGUCGCUGGACACGCAGCGCAAGGACAAUUAUGGCUCGGUGAAGAAGGAUUCGGCCGGACUCAAGCACGCCGAGAUAAUGCGCGUGCUCGGGCAACAGUUCGCCGCUGCCAAGAUUACCAAGGAGGGGGAGAAG